CACCUGGCGGCUCCCUCCGUGCGCAGAUCAGCUGUAGCGGAGCAGCAAAGCGAGCAGAGCAGCAGCAGCAGCAGCAGUAGCGGUGUAGUGGUGGUGCUGCUGGUGGUGGUUGGUGGUGGUGUACGAGCCAGGGACGCGAAUCUAAACCCACAGCAGACCCGAUUCUUCUACGUGGACUACAUGGCCGCGUCUCCGCGUGGAUAAAGGUCUCGAAGCACUGAGUGGAACGUCUCUGCUGGAAGUUUCCGCUGAGUGGUAGCGAUCCAGCAUGUAGCAGAGGUGAACGAGUCCCUUCACGCCUGGGAACAAUCCGACAACAUAAUGGGGAAUUCAUACGCCGGGCAGCUGAAGUCUGCUCGAUUUGAAGAGGCUCUCCACAACUCUAUUGAGGCGUCGCUGCGCUCUAGCAGCGGCGAUCCGCAGCCCAUCUUCACACAGCUUUACCUUGAGCCGGAGCCGUAUCCUGGUAACAUGGAAGACAUUAAGCCGAAAGCUGACCUCCAUGGUGGGGAGCCGCCGGGCCACGAGCUCACAAACGGCCACUCUUCCAACGACCCGGAGGAGCUGGAGGACGAGGAUGACUCAGACAGCAGCAGCCCUCCGCUUCCCUACCUACAGGCCCCCGUCCCCGACGGCUGCUGCACACUGGACGGGUUCUGUCAGGCCGGCAAGGACCUCCGCCUGGUCUCCAUAGCAACGGAUCUCAUCGAAGUCCCAGCAGGCUUCGAGCUGGUCGGCGCCAAGUCCCCCAGCGUCCCCGAGCACAUCCUGGCGUGUGCCGUGGACCGCCGCUUUUUGCCUGACGAGAAUGGGAAGAAUGCACUUUUAGGUUUUUCAGGAAACUGUGUGGGCUGUGGGGAGAAGGGUUUCAGAUACUUCACUGAGUUUUCGAAUCACAUCAACCUGAAGUUAUCCACCCAGCCCAAGAAGCAGAAGCACUUAAAAUACUACCUGGUGAAGAACUCUCAGGGUGCUGUGUGCAAAGGACCCCUCAUCUGCUGGAAAGACUGUAAAACCCGCCAGUUCUCCAGCAGCGCGUCGACAUCCAAACCCAGCUCGUCAUCCUCUCACAGCAGCAAAGAAAAUGGAGGAGCCAGCGGACACAGUUCCUCUCCCUUCUCCCUCUCAGAUUCUCCACCCACCAGAACGACGCAAGCAUCCUCUGUCUUUUUUGGGAGUCAGGACCUCGGCAGAGACUGCAGUUUCCUCAAACCUCUGUCAUCCACAUCUGGAAACAAGACUCUACCAAUAGUACCCACAGCUCUGAGGGUGAACGGACCGACAAAUGGCAUGGGUAUUGAUGGGCGUCCUCCCUUACUGAGCCCUUCACAGGUCUCUUUAGGGCCUCAAGGUCAGGGGUAUCGCACUGCUGACUUAGGAGACAGUCCUGUAUCCACAGCCAUGACCUCUGGUCCUCCAAAGAAGCGCCACCGGAGCUGGCAUCCCAACUCGUUGGUACCCGUCCCACCACCGACGGCCGUCCCCGUGCCAGCCAUCCGGCCGAUAGUUUGCUCUCCAGGUGCCGUAUUAGGAGUGCCCUCUCCUCAGCCACCAGUGUCAGGAGUCAUUCAGCCCCAACCUGUCACCGCCGGAGAGACGGUCAUCGUUCCCGACAACCUGCUCAACUCUUCAGGAGUUCGCCCUGUCAUCCUCAUUGGGCAUGGCACUUUACCUUAUUUCUAUGGGAAUGUUGGGGACAUCGUGGUGAGCCCCCUGCUGGUCAGCUGCUAUAAGAGCAGCCAGUUGACGGAGAAAACCUUGGAGACGUUGGGCCUCAACAGCAACCAGCUUCUCUGUGUGGAGACAAUGAUUCUGCUCACUUUACAGUAUCUUGCACGUUUAGGCUCGGUGCAGAUUCCUCUGAGGGAGGAGCUGGAGCAGAUAGUUUUGAAGGCCAUGCUGUGCUGUCCCAGGGGUCCCGCCAUCUCCCCGUCUCAGCUUCCCUGGUUGGCUCGGCUGGAAGCAAGCGUCUCAGGGGGCAGCGUCCAAGUCGUGGUUACCCACAACUCUCUGGGAGAGGGCAUCUCGGAGUCACUUCGUUCUCUUAGUGACAGUCCUCACCACCAGAAGUGCCUGCCAACAUAUGUAGUUAUCAUAUGUGCCUCUAAAAUGAGCGGCAACGAGUUCUGUGUGCUCGUUCUGGGAAAGUACCAAGCACGGGCCUUAGCUGAAGGUAUGCUGACAACCAAUGAGUUUCUGAAGGAGAUCAGCUACGAACUCAUCACAGGGAAAGUCAGCGUCUUGGCAUCUCACUUCAAAACCACGUCACUAGGGGACAAUCUGGACAAGCAGCUGGUGCGAUACCAGCGCAGACGGAAGGGCCAGGUCAUUCAGCCCUACCAGGGCGAUGUCACUGACCACAUCCACUCCCAGGAGGCUGCCAGCAUGUCACCACCCUCAGACAGAGCAGAGCUUUUAGAUAAGGUCUUCCAGAUCUAUCCGACCCAGCUGAGCGUGGCUCGGAGCCUCCUUUCUCAAGUCUGCUCCAUCGCUGACUCAGGAACCCAGAACCUCGACUUGGGGCGUUUUUGUAAAGUGGACUUUCUUGUUCUGGUCCCUCCAUCUCACAUUCUGGUUCACCAGACGGCACAGCGCAUCCGACAAUCAGGAGUGCUUGUCGAUCUGGGAGUCGAAGACGUCUGCUCGGCCCACCAGAAAUCAGACAAGUAUGUGGUGCGUCUGGACGGCGACGUCCACGCCAAGAUGGAAGCCUUCAUGAGGAAAGUCAAGCAGAACCCCUACACCCUGUUUGUCCUCAUUCACGACAACUCGCACGUCGACCUCACAAGUGCUCUGUCAGGCUCUGUGUGCCACGGCGAGCUGCAGGGUUUGGCCGACCGGGUGGUGAACUGCCAGGAAGUCCUAGACGCCAUGAACCUCCUGGUCCUGCAGGUCAGCUGCUUCCCGUACACACUGCAGACCCACCAGUCCCGCAUCAGCAUCCACAACGAAGUCCACUGGUCCUCCAACGAAAGUCUGCAGGUGGAGCAGUCUCCCAAUGAGUUGCUCUACUUUGGCCUGAGGGACUACAGCAGCUCCCUGCAGUGGGGCGUGGCCAGCCCCAUCCUGCGCUGUGAUGAUGCCUUUGAGAAGAUGGUCCACACGCUGCUGGAGAGACAUCCGCACCUACACAGCAUGGUGAUCCGCAGCUACCUGCUGAUUCAGCAGUACACCGAGGCCAUGAUGGCCCUGACCUCGUCCCCAUCUCUGAGAGACCACAUAACCCCAGAGACCCUAGCCAUGGUGGAGGACCUGAUCAACGCCCCGAGCAGAGAGGGCUCCCAGGGCCGGGGCCACAUGCUGCUGGUUCGAGUCCCCUCGCUGCAGCUGGCGAUGCUGGCCCGGGAGCGACUGGAGGACGUGAGGGACAAACUGGGGCUCCAGUUGUGCUUCGCCGUGCUGCUGGGAAGCCCGGCUUCUGAACUCAACCUGCCCAGGAACUUCACCAACCGCCUCAAGGCGUGGAGAGGCUGUGAGAUUGAAGACUGGGUGCCGCACACGUAUGAGGAUCUGGAGGGGCUGCCCUGCAUCGUCAUCCUCACAGGGAAGGACCCUCUCGGAGAAACUUUCCCCAGGUCUCUGAAGUACAGCGACCUGCGUCUGAUAGACUCCAGCUACCUGACUCGUACAGCCCUGGAGCAGGAGGUGGGUCUAGCCUGCACCUAUGUGUCCAUGGGCGUGGUCCAGGAGCCCAAGAAGGCCAUGGCUCCCCGGGAAUCAGAUGUAGAGAAGGCCACUACCAGCUUGAAUGAUGGAGAUGAGCUGGAAAGGCCUCAGAGCAACGGCAGCGCUGCAACCAGAACCUCUGGCUCUUUGGCAGAGAACGGUGUCAGUUCAUCCGACGUUGCCGAUUCCUUCCAGAAGCCCUCCACCUCCUCCUGCCCACCCGAAGGUGCCACCACCUCGGACAUAGGCACACUAACGCAAGGCUUCAAACAGGAGUGCGAUUCCCUGGGAAGCCAGUUCUCCUCCAACCCCACCAAAGCCUCCAAAGCCCCUCCUUCUCUUUACUCCAGCUCCUCCUCUUCCUCACCCUCCCCGUCUUCCUCCUCCACCCAGAGGCCCAGCCAGUCCACGCAGUGUGACCGAGACCCCAAGCCCCCUCGUGUGUCGGCGCGGACAGUCAUAAUGUCGCGGGCGGCGUACAACCUGCUGGCGGGGGAGUCGGGGAGUCAGCUGAGCUCCUACUCCCUGCUGCCUCAUGCUGACAUGGCGUGGAGCAGCCCGCUGAGGCCGCUCGUCACCCACAACCUGCAGGGGGCAGACCAGAGCAUGUACUACCGCCAGUGGACCAUCGCCAGGCAGCAUCACGCCGAUUACGAAGCUCCAUCUGGGCCGCAUCCACGACGCCUGCUCCUCAGUGGACCCCCACAGGUGGGAAAAACUGGCGCCUAUCUGCAGUUUCUUCGUAUCCUAUUUCGAAUGCUCAUCAGACUGUUGGAGGUAGAUGUGUAUGAUGAGGAAGAGGAGGAGGAAGAAGAAACAUCAGAGGUUGCAAUUCUUGUAAAUACCCAGCUGCCUGACAUAGAGGAAGUGCGAAAGCUGCCCUUUGACCCCUACCCCCGGGACCCUAAGUUCAGGAAGGCCAGCCCUGUUUACACUGACAAAAUGCCAAAGUGCUUAAAAGAUUUUAAGCAAGAAGGCGAUACACCAGCCAAACGAGUGACCAAGUCCAUACGUCUGAGCCGGUUUGCCACCCACAAUGCCUUUCAUCACUGUGAACAGUGUCACCACUACUGUGAAGCAGGCCCAGCCACACAGCUGUCGGAGUGCACCUUCCAUGCUUUCACCUUCUGCUCGUCCAUGCUGGGGGAAGAGGUCCAGCUUCAGUUUGUCAUUCCCAAAGCCAAGGAGCAGCACUUUGUCUUCAGUCAGCAGGGCAGCCACCUGGAGAGCAUGCGCCUGCCUCUUGUCUCCAUCAAGGACCCUGAUCUGUUAAAGAGUCCGAUCUUCACCCCGACGACAGGACGCCAGGAGCACGGCCUGCUCAACAUUUACCACGCCAUGGAGGGCGCCUUUCAUCUGCACAUUCUGGUGGUCAAGCAAUUUGAGAUGCCCCACUACAGAAAGUACUGGCCCAACCACAUCUUGCUUGUCCUGCCGGCUAUGUUCAACAACACGGGAGUUGGUGCCGCUCGCUUCAUGAUCAAAGAGCUGUCAUAUCAUAACCUGGAGCUGGAGAGAAACCGACUGGAGGAGCAAGGUGUCAAGAGGCAAGAUGUAUGGCCUUUCAUCGUCAUGAUGGACGACUCCUGCGUGCUGUGGAACACCCACCAGCCGGCAGACAGCAGUGAGACAUCAGAUGGAACCAACGUGUCACUGAAGACGGUGCUGCAGCAUAUGGAAACCACACCGAAGAUCUCCCUGUACGCGAUGUGCGGCACGCGCAGGUGGAGCAGCAGCCUGGCUCGCAAGUCACCCGGCCAGCCCUUCAGCCGGUGUCACCUCCACGACUUUGUCAUGCUUAAUGUGGACCUGACGCAGAAUGUUCAAUACGAUCUUAAUCGGUAUAGCUGUGAGGAGGUGGACUUUAAUCUGAGGGUGAACAGCAGUGGGCUGCUGCUGUGUCGCUUCAACUACUUCAGCCUCAUGAAGAAACACAUUCCAGUCGGGGGAAACAAAGACUUCCUGGUCAAACCUAAACUCAUGGAAAUAGAAAACCCCACCGCAAUCAGCCCGCCGCAGUACGUUUGCGCCCCAGACAGCGAGCAGACCCUCCUGGACGCCCCAGCCCAGUUCUUGCUUGAGAGGUUCCUGCAAAGCUGCAGCCACAGACUGUUUCCGAAGGCCGUUCAGAACAGGAACAACCCAGUUCUGUCCAUCGACAGCUACCUCAACAUCAGCCCGGAGAUUUCUGUGUGCUACAUCAACUCUCGUCCACACUCCACCAACCUGAACCACCAGGGCCUGCUGUUCAGCGGCCUGCUGCUUUACCUCUGUGACUCCUUCGUCGUCUCUGGACUCCUCAAGAAGUUCCGCUUCCUCAAAGGCGCCACUCUCUGCGUGAUCUGCCAGGACCGAAGUUCCCUGCGUCAGACCAUCGUCCGACUAGAGCUGGAGGACGAGUGGCAAUUCCGCCUGCGGGACGAGUUCCAGACAGCCAACUGCAGCGAGGACAGGCCCCUCUAUUUUCUGACCGGCCGACAUGUUUGAACCUGAAACAUCCUGCUCAUGUUGCAGGACACACAAUCAGAAAAACGAGAAUAGAUUUGAUUCCAAACAUGCCAGCAAUCACAAUUCUUGCCAUUCCAAACAGAAGGUCCAGAGAGGAUUGUACGCUGGAGCACAACAUCCAAAGUGCCCCACAAGUGGACACAAAGCCACCUAAUAUGGCUUCCCUUUCACCUAUACUGCCACAGUGCACUAUGCCUGGCUCUGUAGAGGGCCGGUGCGUGUUUUAACUCUUGCUUGUAGCUGGGCUUGUCUCCACUUGAGCUUCUACUGAAAAAUAGACUUUGCUGUGGUGGGGAAAAAAGCACAGCUGAAACUGAACUUUAUUUGUUGUGCGCCAAAACGGACGAUCUCUGAUCAACGACUAUUUGAAGAUUGUAUGUGUACAUAAUAUAUGUACUUUGACUGCAGUAUGUCCCGUUCUGGACAUACGUGUUUAUCUCAGGGUUUUAAAGGCGGAUACAAGAGAGGCCGCUUAAAGGGGUAAAGCUUUUUCUCCGAGUUCACCGUGUAUUUUUGGCAUUAUUUACUUGUGUUGUGCACCAAAGACAUCCUCAGCUGCCCCCUUGCCUUUUCCCCCUUCGCUUUCCUUGUCCGUCCUCACAAACUCCACCAAGCUCAUUGACUAUAAAACGUCAGCUCACCGCAUUUAAAGAAGUAUUAACAUAGAGGUUGACCUGUAUUCAUCAAUCAUUUAAACUGCAAAUGGACUUUUCUCUUGUGCCUCUAAAGAUAUUUAUGUGGCAUCGAUAAUCCUGAAACAAUGACGGGGAGCUGUGCGAGUGACACGUUCAUUUAUCCAAAGACUUUAUUCACAGCAAAAGAGAAGUGCAAGUUGUGUCCUUUCAAGAAUGUAGUAUGUUAAUGUUCUAUUAAGGUUUGAAUAUACAACUAUGAAGCAGGUCUGUUGUCCAAAACGCAGGGUUUUACUUUUACAAUGUUUAAUGCCAAUCAGACGGAACAGCGUGGAUUAACACUAGUUUACUGGUAUGUUCUACAUUUUUUUGUAUUUAGGCUUUUACUGACUUGAAUACUGGGUAUUUUAAUCACAUUAACGUCAGUAAAUGCCAUAUAAUAAGCAAGCCUCUUCACUGCCAAAUAUCCUGCUACUGACUGUGCCUGCUACAAUGUUCUGAGGCUGAUUGUACACUGAUGGUUUUGGCCACCGUCCACAUAUUAAACUCACAAUCUGCCAUCUUUUUGUCCCCCAAAACAGAGAAAAAAGGGUUACACACUGUCAAAAGCAGCUGACCAGAUCAUUUCAUAUACUUGAAAGUAGAAUGUUUUUAUAUGUUUCCGCACAGGGUUGUCCAAAGAAUAUGCCUUAAGUGACGUUUUCACACAGUCACUGCUCAAGUCACUAAUUUUUUUCGGACCAAUGAGAAUGAAGAAACCAUUUAACUGUGAGGCGAAAAAAUGUCGUUUGUCUGAUUGAAGCAAAGUGAAAUAAUUGGAUUUCGGACUACUGUACUGUUUAAAGCUUUGUUUACAUUAAUAAUAUAUUAUAUCAUCCCCUUAACCACUGAGGGUUACUGAUGUUUUUUUUAGUCUUGUGUAACUUUUGCCAGUAUAUUUUGGUCACGAUGUCUUUCUGCAUUUUUAUGUUAUGUUGCAAAGACGAGAAGAAUCUACCUAGAUGAGUCCUUAACCAUAAUGUCUGAAUCCCUUCCUGUUCUUGCGUUGGGUUUUUAUUGAAAAUGAAAAUCAGGUCCAUGAGGGAUUCUUAUUUAUUUGACAAGCAUUUUGGACUGAUAAUCAUAUUGAAGUGUAAUAUUUGAUUGCAUGCUGAGCUCGCUUAAACCGAGGGAGUGUGUCCUCUUCAAAAACCAUCCAUGAAGGCUUUGCACAAGACCCGAACGAAUGAUUCUUAGAUCUACUGAAUGUCACUGGGGGUAGGAAAUGUGAACUUGCACUAUACAAGUUACCAGCAGAAAAAAAAAAUGUUUCCCACUACUAAAUGAACCCCAAAAUUAGUCCAAAUAUAAGACUGGUGAUCAAAACUUUAACUUAAACGCCAAUGGUCCAUAGAAUGUGUCUUUCUUGUUAAUAAUUUAACACUUAAUAUGCAACUUGCUCUCACAAUCUUCACUGAAAUGUGUUUGAGAACCAUGCGCAGCCCAGCGGUAGCCUUGGUGUCUGGCUGAUCUACCUCAUGUUUACCAUUGUGGUUGCAGGCUGUGAACAUAAUGACAUUAGAGCCAUGCUAUUGUUGUUGGAAAUUUAUGAAUGUAAUAAAAUGACUUCUAAAAUCA